AUGACUUUUGAAGAAUUUCUGGAUUUUCAACAGAGUCUGUCCUACCAGAGAAGCAGCAGGCUGGAUCGGGUCCAUAUCGGUCUGGUCCAGCUGAGCACCGACUGCAGUCUGGAAAUGGAUUGGGCUAAGCUGUCCGGGACGCAGGCUGCGGUUUUCAGUUCCCGGGUGUAUUAUUCGAGCUACCUGACACCGGAGGAGCUCCGGCAGAUCGCAGCCGGCAUUCCGGCCUCGGCAAAGCUGAUCGCCCAGGACCUGCCGAUGGAUGUGAUGGUUUUCGGCUGUACUUCCGCUUCAAUUGUAAUCGGAGAAGAGGAGGUCGCCAGACUGUUGACAGAAGAUCAUCCGGGUAUUCCGGCGACGAAUCCCUGGUCGGCUGCGAAAGCUUCUUUUUCGCAUUUCAAUGCGAAGAAAAUCGCCGUCUUCAGCCCCUACACACCAGAGGUCAAUUACGCGCUGCAUCAGCAGCUGAGCGCCUCGGGCUUUGAUGUCGUGCGGCUGGGCAGUCUGGGGAUUGAGCGGGAUACCGAGAUUACGUUUGUAUCGUACGAUUCGGUCCGGACCGGAUUGGAAACGCUCCUGAAGGGGUCCGAUGCCGAGCUGGUCUUCCUGUCCUGUACGAAUUUACGGGUUCUCGAUCAUCUUGCAGAUAUUGAAGAGGAAUUUGGUAUUCCGGCGGUCUGCAGCAAUGCCGCGAUGUUCUGGCAUGCGAUGGAACUGGCCGGCAGACCUGCCUCCUGUCCCGGCUAUGGACGCUUGCUCAGUCAGGGAUAA